GCACUGCUCAUCAAUGAAUUAGCAGCAAAUUUCUAAUGUCAGGGGGGCCAGGCCCUGCUGGUCCCCCUGUCUCCGCCACUGGGCGAAAUAGUCUUUUGAUCCAUAGCAAAGCGUUCUGUGGUGAAUUCGUCAAUCCCUCGUAACUCCUCAGUAGAGUAGGGUAUAACUGAUGGAGCUAUCUAUAAAAUAAAUGUGAUAUGCCCUACAUGCAUACAUGGAGAAAGACAGAACAGCGUGAGAGGAUGGAUUGGGACGGGACGCACCCAGAUCUCAGCUGAUUUGGAUGGAUUGGAGCUCUUUCUACUACGUCUCCAUGCAAUCAUUUGCUCGCUGCUACGUAAUCUCCGUCUUCUUCUUCCCACGAGCUCCCUCAGGUGCUAGCUAGAAGCAGUAUGUAUCAGCUGGAGAACAUGGACGACUCCAGCUUGUUCAUGCAGUGGGCCGUGGACACGCUGCAGCACGACCACCCGCCGCCGGUCGCCGCCGGCGACGAUGGCUGUACCUUCCCGUCACUCCAAGAGCUCCGCCGCUCGUCAUUGCAGCACGGCACGGCCGCGGCGGGAAUGGCGGUACAAGAUGGCCACCGUCACCAAGCCGCCGAUAGCUGGAGCUCCGGCGAAAGCGCCGGCGGCGGCCAUGAAAACACCUCUGCCUCGCCCACGGUCGUGGAGAACGACGUCUGGUCGUCCAACUCGGCCAAGUGCGCAACGACCUGCAGCGUCGGCAGCAGCAACAACCACCUGCCCAUGAGCUGGAACUUCACCUCGGCCCUGGCGCAGCCGAGCAACGAGGCCGCCGCUCCUCCCUCUGGAGCGCACGACGGCCCCGGCAUGACGGAGCAGGCCCACGUGUCGCCGCCGUCGAGGAGAGCCGCCGCCAGGACCGGGCACGCGCCGUACGCGCAGGACCACAUCAUGGCGGAGCGGAGGCGCCGGGAGAAGAUCAACCGGCGGUUCAUCGAGCUCUCCACCGUCAUCCCCGGCCUCAAGAAGAUGGACAAGGCGACGAUCCUGUCGGACGCCGUCAAGUACGUCAGGGAGCAGCAGGAGAAGCUCAAGGCGCUCGAGGACCGCAGCCGCAGGAGCGUCGCCGUCGAGUCGGUGGUGCUCGUCAAGAAGAAGCCGUGCACCGCCGUGCCGGAAGACGACUGCCCGUCACCGUCUGCAGGGGCGGUAGCAUCUGGAAGCACGACGACGACGACCGGGAGCGGGCUGCCGGAGAUCGAGGCGAGGAUCUCGGGGAGCGACGUGAUGGUGAGGAUCCACUGCGAGGACGGCAAGGGGGUGCUCGUCAGGCUGCUCGCCGAGGUGGAGGGGCUACACCUAAGCAUCACCCACGCCAAUGCCGUCCCGUUCCCGGCUUGCACUCUCAUCAUAACCGUCAUGGCAAAGGUGGACGACGGCUUCAGCGUCACGGCGGAGGACAUUGUUGGCAGGAUAGAGGCGGCGUUGUUACCUGCACCCACCUCAUAGGGCCGGGAUAACAAUGCAUGCUCCGGAAGAGAUCAAAGUUCAAGGAGCAUCAAGCCGUUCAAGCAUGCUGGCAGGGUGUCCGUCGCGGCUAAUUUUAUGCAGAGAUCGAUAGAUAAACUGCAUCGGCAUGCAAAUAAAUUAGUUCUCGUCAUGUGCGCAUGAUUCAACGAGUGCAUCAAAUAAAAUUACAGCUUUUGAGACAAAACUACACUUUCGUUCUCGCAAAACAAAAAAACUACAUUUUCGAUGCUACUUCCUCGG